CACAAAAUCAGCUGUUUUUAUUUUGUUUGGUAAGCUAAACCUGCUGUUCGAAUGUCGCCGCAAUCGAAGCGCUUGUUAACUGUUUGUAAUUGGCAUCUCAAAUGGACAAAUCGUCGAAAUGCAGCAUUAUACACUCAAGGCCAAUCUCCAGAGCCCAGGAUACGCGAAUACUUCUACUACAUUGAUCAUGAGGGCAUGCUCUUUCUGGACGAUGCCAAAAUGAAGAACUUCACAUCUUGCUUCAAGGAAAAGAAAUUUCUGCAGUUUUUCUUUAGUCGCCUGCGCCAAAACGAAACGCAGCGCUAUGAAAUGUUUCCAUUUAUGUCGCCUUGUGGCCGAGAACGAAACUUCGUGCGUUGCGAUGACACUCCCAUUGUCUUCACUGAACAGCACAGCGGUGAUAAUGCCACAGAUAUCUUGACUUAUGCCCAUGGUGGUCCAGUUCUAUCUGUGGCUUUUCAGCCGCACAAUCUCUAUAUGCAUCCAAAGAGCGGCAGAGUGUAUCAUCCAGCUUGGCCAAAAGUUGGUGGCAUAGGACUUGUGCGCUCCAAACUGGCCAUUGAGCUAAGCCAGUACUUUAUCUUCACCGAAAGCGACGCGUCGCCCACACACUUUCAGUGGCGAGGCAAUCAAAUUCAGCUGCAACACGACUGGAUUAAGGAUUGCCAGCUACAACCUAAUGCGAAUACUAACAAUUAAAAUGGGUUUAAUUUAAUCAUCAAACGGAAAGAUUGUAACAUUGCGUAUCUACAUAUAAGAGUGUAUAUAACUAGACUAAUAAAUAACUACUAUUCUAUGCUUA